AUGACAAUUAUUGUCAAUCCUACGAUUCCAGUUAGAUACUACACCACCAAGGCACCUGAAUACUACACCACAUCAUAUGCCACUCCUAGCUACUAUACAGAGGCUCCAAAAUACUACACUACAAAGGCGCCCGAAUACUACACCACCACUUAUGCGGCUCCCAGCUAUUACACUGAGGCUCCAAAGGGAAACACCAACAAGGGAUCCUCUUUCUGGGUUUCCCCUGAAGGUCAGAAAUUCACUUUGACCUGGACCGCUGAUGAUGCUGGAUUCCAGCCCAAAGGUGACCACUUUCCCGUCGCUCCCGUCCAUGAAUACGAGCUCCCAGUUGCUCCCGUUCACGAAUACGAGCUACCCGUUGCCCCCGUCCACUUCCCUUUCAACGGCAAAGGCUACAAGAUCUACUAA